CUUUCCUGUAAACCUUCCGAAGUUUCAACAUUCAAAUAUUAAUUAAAGAGCCCAAUUUAGACGGACGACUUUGUCUCCAUCUUAAAUCCUCCGACGCGCCUUUCUGUCAUCUUGAUCCUUAUCUUUCCCUCUCUAUAUCUAUUUGUUUUCGUUUCUCUUUCUUGUGGGUAACUUUCUCCAUCUCUGUAUAUAUUUGUUUCCCUCGCUCUUUCUUGUGGGUAACUUUCUCCAGGCGGGAGGAGGAACUAGAAACUCUCUGCAGUGUCCUGUUCUGGAGGCUCUAAGGGCCUAUCCACUGGUGGUAAUUUGAAAAGCAAGACAGCAUCAUCCACAAGGAGGAGAGAAAACAACUUUUCACUGUUCUACAGAGUGCAAGAGGUUCAACAGUGCCUACUCACAUGAUCGCGUUUGGGGUCGUCAAUAUGAAGCAUAUUUUGAACAUCCUUUGUUUUUCUUCCGUUCUUCUCGCAGUUAUUGCUGUCGGCCCACCAACUUGUCCGGUAGACGUUGAAGCCGAAUGCACCGUUGGCGGCUCAGACAACUGGAAAGGGGAGUUUUUCCCUGGUGUUCCGCAAAUUCAAUAUGAGGGCCCGUCAAGCAAAAAUCCUUUAGCAUUCAAGUGGUACAAUGCAGAUGAAGAGAUUCUUGGAAAGAAGAUGAAGGACUGGCUGAGAUUUAGUGUUGCCUUUUGGCAUACAUUUCGUGGUACUGGUGGAGAUCCUUUUGGAAUGCCUACAAAGAAUUGGCCUUGGGAGGACGGUACUAAUUCGCUGGCAAUGGCCAAAAGAAGGAUGAGGGCAAAUUUUGAGUUCAUCAAGAAACUUGGUGUUGAGAGGUGGUGCUUUCAUGACCGGGACAUUGCCCCAGAUGGGAAGACACUUGCAGAGUCAAAUGCUAACUUGGAGGAGGUGAUAGCUGUUGCAAAGCAACUGCAGGAAGGAACUAGCAUUCGCCCUUUGUGGGGCACUGCUCAGUUGUUCAUGCAUCCCCGAUAUAUGCAUGGAGCAGCUACAAGCCCUGAGAUUGGUGUUUAUGCCUAUGCUGCAGCUCAAGUCAAGAAAGCCAUGGAGGUGACACAUUAUCUUGGAGGUGAAAACUUUGUAUUUUGGGGUGGGCGAGAGGGCUACCAGUCUCUUUUAAACACUGACAUGAAAAAGGAGCUUGAUCACAUGGCAAGCUUUCUCCAAGCAGCAUCAGAUUGGAAGAAAAAGAUUGGUUUCAAUGGAACCUUGCUUAUAGAGCCAAAGCCUCAAGAGCCUACAAAGCACCAGUAUGAUUGGGAUGCUGCGACAACAAUAGGCUUUCUUCAAAAGUAUGGUCUUACAGGAGAGUUCAAAUUAAACAUCGAAUGCAACCAUGCAACACUCUCUGGUCACAGCUGCCACCAUGAGCUUGAGACAGCAAGAAUAAAUGACAUGCUUGGAAACAUUGAUGCGAACACUGGGGAUCCUCAAAUAGGGUGGGACACUGACCAAUUUCUUACUGAUAUUGGAGAGGCUACCUUGGUCAUGUUGAGUGUAGUUCGAAAUGGAGGACUUGCUCCUGGUGGCUUCAAUUUUGAUGCGAAACUGCGCCGAGAAAGCAUAGAUGUUGAGGACCUGUUUAUUGCCCAUAUCUCUGGCAUGGAUACUCUAGCUCGUGGCCUCCGCAAUGUUGCUAAACUGCUAGAGGAUGGUGCGUUGGCUGAGCUAGUGGAGAAGCGAUAUUCAAGUUUUAAUUCAGAACUUGGAGAUCUGAUUGAGGGAGGAAAAGGUGAUUUUGAGAUGCUUGAGAAGGUGGCCCUGGAAUCGGGUGAACCAUCAGUCCCUUCUGCAAAGCAGGAGCUUGCUGAGAUGAUCUUUCAGUCGGCAUUAUAAUUGAAGUGGUGUGGGCUUGUCCUGUGGCUGACAGGAAAAUGUGCAUAAAGUUUUACUUUUGUUCUCAUUUGGGCAAGAUAUAGAGAAUAGAACCAGUUAGUAUUAGUUUAGCACCUUUAUGUUCAUCCCAACCUUUUGAAUUGUUAUCCAGAAUAAAGCAUGACCACAACACAGAGUGUGAAGUCUUGUUUGAGUGAGUCCGAGUUAUUUCUCUGUUUAUCUUCUCUUUUUCUCUGUUUGCCUUCUCUGUCCUGAGUUUGUAGGCACAUUUGAUAGGGUCCACCGCUCUGUCCAACACUGGCAUAAAGGGAGAGUACUCAGGAGUGGUGAAUGCAGAUUAUGUCACUUGGUGUGGUAGCUUUGUAAUGCCGUCAAGACUACUCAUUUCCUGGUUAAUGUAUUACUUUCAGCAGUGCACUUGAAUGAUUGCUGGGGGCACGUGGGUCCUUAGUGGAUUUUGUAUGCGGUUCCCUUUAGUUGUUAAACUGCUGCUUCCUGGUUUCACCAGCCAUGGCUUACUGUCUGAGAGUGAAUGGCCUAGUUGGGCACAGAUUGCUUA